AGUUUUCAAGUUUCCCUCCUCUCUGUACAUCAUAUCCUUCGCGCUCUCAGGAGAAAAUAAAAGCCGAAAGCAGAAAUCUCCUAGGCAAUUUCUCUGAAAAUCUUUUUUCUGGCCCCGAAUUUCCUAACUAUUUUAUUUUCUUCAUAACUCUACCUUUCUCCUUUGAAGCAAACACAUCGCUCCUUAUUUCAGGAUUUCCAUAGAAUUAGGCAUUUUCUCAAAUUAGGUUUUCUUCUAUUUACAGAUUGGUGCUUUUUCAAAACCGGAAUAAAAUUGAGGUAUUCUUUUCUUAAUUUCUAGGAAGUUUUUUCCAUUCGUUUUCUUAAUCUGACCGGAAACAAAGCUAUAAAUUGUCCGGGAAACUGCUAGAUUUUGAUGGCACGUGGGAUGUACGGCUCCUCCAAAUAUUAAUUAUGAGCCAGGAAGUAAUUGCAUCGUGUAAGUACUCGGAAAUUAUUUCUGUAUUGGAGAAAUCAUAGAGAAGAUACAGAACCGAUAAACUGAAUGGCAAGUUACAAUGAAAUCGAUGAUAUUCUCGCGGAGGAAGAGUUUGUCCCGGUUGUGUUUCAAAAGGCUAUAAAUGGAGUGAAAAUCGAUGAAAGCACCGAAAAAGGACAUAUUGAACAAGGUUCAAAGACAGAGCUACCUUUCUGGCUUGCUCGCGAAUUGCACAUGAGGCAAGCAGUAUCGAUAAGCGUCCCAGCCUGUUUUAAUCAGAAAACAAGGCUGGAAAUCCAGGCAGAUGCUGCAUGUGUGGACCUGAGAUCCCGCUGCCCUUACUUCUAUGAAUUUGGAUGCAAGCUAGCCCCACUGUGUGAUAAAACCAUUGGAUUGUUGCUCCCAUAUGCAUUUGGAAUCAGGUAUAAGGAAAUCCUACACAAGGCACACACCACAGCAUUUGCCACAGCUUCCAAAUUUCUGACGCUCCUAACUAGAGAAGAAACUUCUUUGUAUGAAGCAGCUCAAUCAUCCAUGGCAGCCUUUAAGAAAUGGCGGAUGGGUGGCCCCAGAUUGCAGAGAGCUUCAAUUCUCGGGAGGAAGAGAAAACCAGCUGAGUAGUUGCUCAUUGCUACCCUGCCAACACUCUCAAUUCAAACAACCAAGCUGCAGUUAUGUCUCGGUCCUUGCCUUGAGAUUGAUGCAUGAUGUGUGCAUUCUAGCACAAGAAAAAUAUUAAAAAAAAAAUGUCCGGGCCAAGGCUGUUUGGGGUGUUGAUGCAAUCGCACAGUGGCAAUUAAACAUGGAAACUGAUUAUUUGCGUGUUGCCAUGGUAAUUGAGUUGAUGCAAUACAUUCUAUCUUUAAUUUCAUGAUUUAGAAAAAUUAUCCAUGCUCAACUGUACAUCCAUUUCUUUUAAGCCCAAAACAAUCAACCAAAAACUUAAUGUGAUCGAUGUAGGCAGAACUUCUACAUAAGACCUUAUUCCAUUUGAAUUUGGCU